AUGCAAGAUUCUAACGACAAAACUUGCUCCCAGAAAAGACCAGAUCAGAAAGUGUAUCAAAAGUUCCUUAGAUGGAAAGAGCAGCAAGACACUGGAGAAAUUACAGAAAUGAAAACCGAAUGUAUGUCGUUGCUUACAAUCAAGAGGGUGGACCAGGGUGGACUAGCCCAUCCGUACAUGAACCGUAUAACGCCGAGAUCUGACGCACUUUUUUAUAACUGCAAUUUCUCAGUUGCGGAAACUGCGGGAUGUCAUGUGCGCAAUUCGGACUUCCCCAUCUAUAGCAAUAAUUUAAUGACAGAGAGCAUGGUUUACAGCGUGUAUUCUAAAGAAAUAAUAGAUUGUCAAAACAAAGGCUUUGUCUGUUACGACGAAACGCAAUUCUAUCAAUGUGUGGAAGUGGGAGAUACGACUAUGACAAUAGGAUUUCCACAACAAUGUCCACCUGGACUAGUAUGUAACGAUUUGUCAGAUUUAGAAUGCGACGAACCGUGGUUAUUUACCACUUCAAAAGAACAAAAUAAUACAACAACAGUGCUCAGCACAACUGAAAGUGUGGAACCACAAGAUACGACAUCAGUAAUUUUUGACAACACAGAAGGAACGACAGAAGUAACAAACCUUAACACAACAAUUGUCAGAAAUGAAACAACAACUAAAUCACCUGUCGUUACCAAAACCGAUGAAAUAUCAGAUACCACAAACGCUACGAAUAUGUCUACACCUGACGUUACGAGCUCUAUUCACGUAACCAACAGCGAUCGAACUACAACAGCAGGGUCGUCUACAUACACCACGCCAGGUAAACCUGAAACUCCUGAGAAAGAAACAAAUGCAACAGAUACUUCUGAAACCGUGACUCAAACAAGAUCAACUGCGAAAUCCAGUGAAACAACAAUUACCGGUACUACGGAGUUACCAAGCGCUGCAACAACUACUGCUAUUGAAUCAUCUGUCACGCCCACAGACAGCAACUCUGAAAUAACAGAUAUCACAAACGCUACGAAAACGUCUACACCUGACGUUACGAGUUCUAUUCACGUAACCGACAACGAUGAAACUACAACAGCAGAGUGGUCCACAUAUACCACGCCAGGUAAAACUGAAACACCUGAGAAAGAAACAAAUGCAACAGAUACUUCUGAAACCGUGACUCAAACAAGAUCAACUGGGAAAUCCAGUGAAACGAUAAUUACCGGUACUACGGAGUUACCAAGCGCUGCAACAACUACCACUGUUGAAUCAUCUGUCACGCCCACAGACAGCAACUCUGAAAUAACAGAUAUCACAAACACUACGAAAACGUCUACACCUGACGUUACGAGUUCUAUUCACGUAACCGACAGCGAUGAAACUACAACAGCAGAGUGGUCCACAUAUACCACGCCAGGUAAAACUGAAACACCUGAGAAAGAAACAAAUGCAACAGAUACUUCUGAAACCGUGACUCAAACAAGAUCAACUGCGAAAUCCAGUGAAACGAUAAUUACCGGUACUACGGAGUUACCAAGCGCUGCAACAACUACUGCUAUUGAAUCAUCUGUCACGCCCACAGACAGCAACUCUGAAAUAACAAAUAUCACAAACGCUACGAAAACGUCUACACCUGACGUUACGAGUUCUAUUCACGUAACCGACAGCGAUGAAACUACAACAGCAGAGUGGUCCACAUAUACCACGCCAGGUAAAACUGAAACACCUGAGAAAGAAACAAAUGCAACAGAUACUUCUGAAACCGUGACUCAAACAAGAUCAACUGCGAAAUCCAGUGAAACGAUAAUUACCGGUACUACGGAGUUACCAAGCGCUGCAACAACUACUGCUAUUGAAUCAUCUGUCACGCCCACAGACAGCAACUCUGAAAUAACAGAUAUCACAAACGCUACGAAAACGUCUACACCUGACGUUACGAGUUCUAUUCACGUAACCGACAGCGAUGAAACUACAACAGCAGAGUGGUCCACAUAUACCACGCCAGGUAAAACUGAAACACCUGAGAAAGAAACAAAUGCAACAGAUACUUCUGAAACCGUGACUCAAACAAGAUCAACUGCGAAAUCCAGUGAAACGAUAAUUACCGGUACUACGGAGUUACCAAGCGCUGCAACAACUACUGCUAUUGAAUCAUCUGUCACGCCCACAGACAGCAACUCUGAAAUAACAAAUAUCACAAACGCUACGAAAACGUCUACACUUGACGUUACGAGUUCUAUUCACGUAACCGACAGCGAUGAAACUACAACAGCAGAGUGGUCCACAUAUACCACGCCAGGUAAAACUGAAACACCUGAGAAAGAAACAAAUGCAACAGAUACUUCUGAAACCGUGACUCAAACAAGAUCAACUGCGAAAUCCAGUGAAACGAUAAUUACCGGUACUACGGAGUUACCAAGCGCUGCAACAACUACUGCUAUUGAAUCAUCUGUCACGCCCACAGACAGCAACUCUGAAAUAACAAAUAUCACAAACGCUACGAAAACGUCUACACCUGACGUUACGAGUUCUAUUCACGUAACCGACAGCGAUGAAACUACAACAGCAGAGUGGUCCACAUAUACCACGCCAGGUAAAACUGAAACACCUGAGAAAGAAACAAAUGCAACAGAUACUUCUGAAACCGUGACUCAAACAAGAUCAACUGCGAAAUCCAGUGAAACGAUAAUUACCGGUACUACGGAGUUACCAAGCGCUGCAACAACUACUGCUAUUGAAUCAUCUGUCACGCCCACAGACAGCAACUCUGAAAUAACAGAUAUCACAAACGCUACGAAAACGUCUACACCUGACGUUACGAGUUCUAUUCACGUAACCGACAGCGAUGAAACUACAACAGCAGAGUGGUCCACAUAUACCACGCCAGGUAAAACUGAAACACCUGAGAAAGAAACAAAUGCAACAGAUACUUCUGAAACCGUGACUCAAACAAGAUCAACUGCGAAAUCCAGUGAAACGAUAAUUACCGGUACUACGGAGUUACCAAGCGCUGCAACAACUACUGCUAUUGAAUCAUCUGUCACGCCCACAGACAGCAACUCUGAAAUAACAAAUAUCACAAACGCUACGAAAACGUCUACACCUGACGUUACGAGUUCUAUUCACGUAACCGACAGCGAUGAAACUACAACAGCAGAGUGGUCCACAUAUACCACGCCAGGUAAAACUGAAACACCUGAGAAAGAAACAAAUGCAACAGAUACUUCUGAAACCGUGACUCAAACAAGAUCAACUGCGAAAUCCAGUGAAACGAUAAUUACCGGUACUACGGAGUUACCAAGCGCUGCAACAACUACUGCUAUUGAAUCAUCUGUCACGCCCACAGACAGCAACUCUGAAAUAACAAAUAUCACAAACGCUACGAAAACGUCUACACUUGACGUUACGAGUUCUAUUCACGUAACCGACAGCGAUGAAACUACAACAGCAGAGUGGUCCACAUAUACCACGCCAGGUAAAACUGAAACACCUGAGAAAGAAACAAAUGCAACAGAUACUUCUGAAACCGUGACUCAAACAAGAUCAACUGCGAAAUCCAGUGAAACGAUAAUUACCGGUACUACGGAGUUACCAAGCGCUGCAACAACUACUGCUAUUGAAUCAUCUGUCACGCCCACAGACAGCAACUCUGAAAUAACAAAUAUCACAAACGCUACGAAAACGUCUACACCUGACGUUACGAGUUCUAUUCACGUAACCGACAGCGAUGAAACUACAACAGCAGAGUGGUCCACAUAUACCACGCCAGGUAAAACUGAAACACCUGAGAAAGAAACAAAUGCAACAGAUACUUCUGAAACCGUGACUCAAACAAGAUCAACUGCGAAAUCCAGUGAAACGAUAAUUACCGGUACUACGGAGUUACCAAGCGCUGCAACAACUACUGCUAUUGAAUCAUCUGUCACGCCCACAGACAGCAACUCUGAAAUAACAGAUAUCACAAACGCUACGAAAACGUCUACACCUGACGUUACGAGUUCUAUUCACGUAACCGACAGCGAUGAAACUACAACAGCAGAGUGGUCCACAUAUACCACGCCAGGUAAAACUGAAACACCUGAGAAAGAAACAAAUGCAACAGAUACUUCUGAAACCGUGACUCAAACAAGAUCAACUGCGAAAUCCAGUGAAACGAUAAUUACCGGUACUACGGAGUUACCAAGCGCUGCAACAACUACUGCUAUUGAAUCAUCUGUCACGCCCACAGACAGCAACUCUGAAAUAACAAAUAUCACAAACGCUACGAAAACGUCUACACUUGACGUUACGAGUUCUAUUCACGUAACCGACAGCGAUGAAACUACAACAGCAGAGUGGUCCACAUAUACCACGCCAGGUAAAACUGAAACACCUGAGAAAGAAACAAAUGCAACAGAUACUUCUGAAACCGUGACUCAAACAAGAUCAACUGCGAAAUCCAGUGAAACGAUAAUUACCGGUACUACGGAGUUACCAAGCGCUGCAACAACUACCACUGUUGAAUCAUCUGUCACGCCCACAGACAGCAACUCUGAAAUAACAGAUAUCACAAACGCUACGAAAACGUCUACACCUGACGUUACGAGUUCUAUUCACGUAACCGACAGCGAUGAAACUACAACAGCAGAGUGGUCCACAUAUACCACGCCAGGUAAAACUGAAACACCUCAGAAAGAAACAAAUGCAACAGAUACUUCUGAAACCGUGACUCAAACAAGAUCAACUGCGAAAUCCAGUGAAACAACAAUUACCGGUACUACGGAGUUACCAAGCGCUGCAACAACAACCACUGUUGAAUUUUCUAUUACGCCCACAGACAGCAACUCUGAAAUAACAGAUAUCACAAACGCUACGAAAACGUCUACUCCUGACGUUACCAGCUCUAUAACCGAGGGCGAUGAAACUACAACAGCAGGGUCAUCUACAUACACCACCCCCGGUAAAACUGAAACUCCUGAGAAACAAACAAAUGCAACAGACACUUCUGAAACCGUCACUCAAACAAAAUCAACUUCGAAAUCCAGUGAAACAACAAUUACCGACAGCAACUCUGAAAUAACAAAUAUCACAAACGCUACGAAAACGUCUACACCUGACGUUACGAGUUCUAUUCACGUAACCGACAGCGAUGAAACUACAACAGCAGAGUGGUCCACAUAUACCACGCCAGGUAAAACUGAAACACCUGAGAAAGAAACAAAUGCAACAGAUACUUCUGAAACCGUGACUCAAACAAGAUCAACUGCGAAAUCCAGUGAAACGAUAAUUACCGGUACUACGGAGUUACCAAGCGCUGCAACAACUACUGCUAUUGAAUCAUCUGUCACGCCCACAGACAGCAACUCUGAAAUAACAAAUAUCACAAACGCUACGAAAACGUCUACACUUGACGUUACGAGUUCUAUUCACGUAACCGACAGCGAUGAAACUACAACAGCAGAGUGGUCCACAUAUACCACGCCAGGUAAAACUGAAACACCUGAGAAAGAAACAAAUGCAACAGAUACUUCUGAAACCGUGACUCAAACAAGAUCAACUGCGAAAUCCAGUGAAACGAUAAUUACCGGUACUACGGAGUUACCAAGCGCUGCAACAACUACUGCUAUUGAAUCAUCUGUCACGCCCACAGACAGCAACUCUGAAAUAACAAAUAUCACAAACGCUACGAAAACGUCUACACCUGACGUUACGAGUUCUAUUCACGUAACCGACAGCGAUGAAACUACAACAGCAGAGUGGUCCACAUAUACCACGCCAGGUAAAACUGAAACACCUGAGAAAGAAACAAAUGCAACAGAUACUUCUGAAACCGUGACUCAAACAAGAUCAACUGCGAAAUCCAGUGAAACGAUAAUUACCGGUACUACGGAGUUACCAAGCGCUGCAACAACUACUGCUAUUGAAUCAUCUGUCACGCCCACAGACAGCAACUCUGAAAUAACAGAUAUCACAAACGCUACGAAAACGUCUACACCUGACGUUACGAGUUCUAUUCACGUAACCGACAGCGAUGAAACUACAACAGCAGAGUGGUCCACAUAUACCACGCCAGGUAAAACUGAAACACCUGAGAAAGAAACAAAUGCAACAGAUACUUCUGAAACCGUGACUCAAACAAGAUCAACUGCGAAAUCCAGUGAAACGAUAAUUACCGGUACUACGGAGUUACCAAGCGCUGCAACAACUACUGCUAUUGAAUCAUCUGUCACGCCCACAGACAGCAACUCUGAAAUAACAAAUAUCACAAACGCUACGAAAACGUCUACACUUGACGUUACGAGUUCUAUUCACGUAACCGACAGCGAUGAAACUACAACAGCAGAGUGGUCCACAUAUACCACGCCAGGUAAAACUGAAACACCUGAGAAAGAAACAAAUGCAACAGAUACUUCUGAAACCGUGACUCAAACAAGAUCAACUGCGAAAUCCAGUGAAACGAUAAUUACCGGUACUACGGAGUUACCAAGCGCUGCAACAACUACCACUGUUGAAUCAUCUGUCACGCCCACAGACAGCAACUCUGAAAUAACAGAUAUCACAAACGCUACGAAAACGUCUACACCUGACGUUACGAGUUCUAUUCACGUAACCGACAGCGAUGAAACUACAACAGCAGAGUGGUCCACAUAUACCACGCCAGGUAAAACUGAAACACCUCAGAAAGAAACAAAUGCAACAGAUACUUCUGAAACCGUGACUCAAACAAGAUCAACUGCGAAAUCCAGUGAAACAACAAUUACCGGUACUACGGAGUUACCAAGCGCUGCAACAACAACCACUGUUGAAUUUUCUAUUACGCCCACAGACAGCAACUCUGAAAUAACAGAUAUCACAAACGCUACGAAAACGUCUACUCCUGACGUUACCAGCUCUAUAACCGAGGGCGAUGAAACUACAACAGCAGGGUCAUCUACAUACACCACCCCCGGUAAAACUGAAACUCCUGAGAAACAAACAAAUGCAACAGACACUUCUGAAACCGUCACUCAAACAAAAUCAACUUCGAAAUCCAGUGAAACAACAAUUACCGACACUUCUGAAACCGUCACUCAAACAAGAUCAACUGCGAAAUCCAGUGAAACAACAAUUACCGGUACUUCGGAGUUACCAAACGCUGCAACAAUAACCACUGUUGAACCAUUUGUUACGCCCACAGACAGCAACUCUGAAAUUACAGAUACCACAAACUCUACGAAAACGUCUACUCCUGAUGUUACCAGCUCUAUUCACGUAACCGACGGCGAUGAAACUACAACAGCAGGGUCGUCUACAUACACCACCCCCGACAGCAACUCUGGAAUAACAGAUACCACAAACGCUACGAAAUCGUCCACUCCUGACGUCACCAGCUCCAUUCACGUAACCGACGGCGAUGAAACUACAACAGCAGGGUCGUCUACAUACACCACCCCCGGUAAAACUGAAACUCCUGAGAAACAAACAAAUGCAACAGACACUUCUGAAACCGUCACUCAAACAAGACCAACUGCUAAAUCCAGUGAAACAACAAUUACCGCUCUAUUCACGUAA